AUGGAGGCUUGGCAAUCAAUUCUCAUUUCCCUUGUGAUCGUAUGCGCUGUCAUCGCUGGCAGCUAUACCGCAUACGAGAAGGGACUGUUGGACCCAAUUAUUGAAGAAAUCGGUGUAAUGAUGUUCAAGGCCAAGGCCAAGGCCGAGCGCGAGAAGUACCAAGCGCAGGGCAUGAAAGCAGGCGAGGACUUUGUCGACUCCCAGCUCAAAGGAAACAAGCAAGCCGUGGAUGUCAUUUCGGGCCAGGGACCAAUUGGAGGGCUGAAGAAGCAGCUGUGA